AUGGCUGACCCGUCUAAGCUAGCACUCAAGGGCUCGUGUAAGAUUGUCACCGACUAUUUUGAAUUCGCCAUCAACAGUAUUCUUUUUCAAAGGGGCAUCUAUCCAGCAGAAGACUUCCAAACCGUGAGGAAGUACGACUUACCAUUAUUGGUGAAUGUGGACGAUGAUGUAAAGGAUUAUAUACUGAAGAUCAUGUUGCAGAUCAAAAAGUGGAUCUAUGGUAAGAAAAUCGUCAAGUUAGUGUUGGUUAUCGUGUCAAAAACAACUGUCGAAACUGUGGAGCGGUGGGAAUUCAAUAUCAAUAUAAACGAAGAGAACCAAAGUGGGGAUGUUCCAGAAAAGAGCAGACAGGAGACAAAGAAGGAGAUCCAAGCUAUAAUUCGUCAAAUCACCUCGCUGGUGUCGUACUUGCCAAUGUUGAAAGACGAUGACUACACCUUCAACGUGAUGGUAUACACCGAUCCAAAUAACCCUGCGCAUGUGCCCAUUGAGUGGUUGGACACUAACGGGGACCAAAAGAUGUUGGAGGGCGAUGUGGAGCAAGUCAAUUUUACCUCAUUCAGCACAGAUAUCCACAAAGUAGGAACAGUAGUUAGCUACAAGGUGGACUAA